AGCAAACAGAACUGUUGGGGAGCUCAAAGAAAAGUGGGGACGUUGCCUGACUCUCGGACGGCUGCAUGAGAAAGAGAGUUAGGAGGACGCACGGGCUAAAGAGAAAGAGGAAGGCACCAAGGAGGUGAGUUUUACCCUCAGAGGGGUAAAAAAAAAGAUGACCGUGGUGUCCCAGGAGAACCACGAAGAGACUGUGGUCGUUAGUCCUCUGUUGCAAGAUGCUGCAGACCUGGAGCCAGCGGACCAGGAGUGCAGCGAGAGGGUGGUCAUCAACAUCUCAGGUCUGCGCUUUGAGACGCAGUUAAAAACCCUCUCUCGCUUCCCCAACACGCUCCUGGGAGAUCCGCGUAAAAGGAUGCGUUUCUUUGACCCGCUGAGAAACGAGUACUUCUUUGACAGGAACAGGCAGAGCUUUGACGCCAUCCUCUACUAUUACCAGUCAGGAGGGAGGCUCCGGAGGCCCGUGAGCGUACCUGUGGAUAUUUUUCUGGAAGAAAUAAAGUUUUAUGAACUCCAGGAGGACGCCAUAGAGCUUUUCCGAGACGAUGAGGGUUUGGCGAGGGAGGAAGACCGCCCGCUGCCCACUAACGAGUUCCAGCGCCAAUUAUGGCUUCUGUUUGAGUAUCCGGAGAGCUCAGGACCUGCUCGGAGUAUCGCCAUCGUGUCCGUGAUGGUUAUUUUGAUUUCCAUCGUUAUCUUCUGUUUGGAGACUUUACCAGAGUUCAGAGAAGUCCCCCCAGCGCCAGAGAAUAAUGGAAGCGCGCACGGCAAAGCGCUCAAUCCGUUCACAGAUCCCUUCUUCAUGGUGGAGACACUCUGCAUCGUGUGGUUCUCCUUCGAGUUCACCAUGAGGUUUCUGUCGUGUCCCAGCAAAGCAGCUUUCUUCAAAAACAUCAUGAACCUGAUCGACGUGGUGGCCAUAGCUCCAUAUUUCAUCACUCUGGGCCUGGAUCUCGCAGAGCAUCAGGGCAGCAGUCAGCAGGCUGCGUCUUUGGCCAUCCUCAGGGUCAUCCGUCUGGUUCGCGUUUUCAGGAUUUUUAAGCUCUCCAGACACUCCAAAGGUCUGCAGAUUCUCGGCCAGACGCUUCACGCAAGCCUCAGGGAGCUGGGAUUGCUCAUAUUCUUCCUGAUCAUUGGAGUUGUGUUAUUCUCCAGUUCAGUUUACUUUGCUGAAGCAGAAGACCCCGAAUCUGUAUUUUCAAGUAUACCUGAUGCGUUCUGGUGGGCUGUGGUGACGAUGACCACAGUUGGUUACGGAGACAUGUUUCCCACCACCAUCGGGGGCAAAUUCGUGGGAUCUCUGUGCGCAAUCGCCGGAGUGCUAACCAUAGCUUUACCUGUUCCUGUGAUCGUGUCCAAUUUCAAUUAUUUCUACCACAGAGAGAAUGAAGAGGAGGAAAACGUUCAGUACGUACACGUGACCUGCGGGCAGCAGCCGCAGCUCUCAUUUGGUGACAGUGACUCCACCGCAAGUAACCAGUCGGUCACCAAAACUGAAUCCUAUCAAGACAGCGACGACUUAGAAACUCUGACAUGUUUAAACGUGACUCCAGUGGAGACAUACACGGGAAAACUGACAGAUGUGUAAAGAUUUGGUUUCUGGAGGGAGGAGACGAUUAAGUGAAGCUUGUUGUUCCCUCAGAGUCACAACAAGACACAAAUGUGGCAUUCUCUUCUUCUCCAAAAUUAUCUGGAUCAUUUUUUUUUUCUCACGGAUUAUUCUCGCAAGUGACUUCACGGUGGGAACGCACGGAGAAGGUUCAGUCUGGACAUUGUGUGUAUCAUCCGUAGGAAUGGAUUUUUAAAAAAACAACAUUCUUUUGUGUAGGCUUUAUAAAUGACCACGCUUUCUUUGUAUAAAAAGCCUUGUGUAUAUAAAUAUAAAUACAUUGAAUUUUUUGUAACUCUUAAUUUCCCCUUUCUCAUGCAACUUAGAACGCAAACUUGUCAUCUCUGCAGUUGCAAACAUUCAGCUUGCAGCUCGCUGUACAACACCACAGCCCGGAGCAUUGGAAUGCAACGUCUGCAUGACACGGAUUCAUUGUGAAUUUUAAAUGUAAUAAAAUAUUUAUUUUUCUAAUUUAAACAUGUAUGUGAACUUAACUUGCUCCUUUUUAUAUAAAUUAAUUAUGAAUAAGAAAAUA